AUGAUGUUGGCAGCAGAUAACAAAUCAGCAACAACACAAACGCCUGAGGUGGCGGCACCUUCAGGGAGAAAGAGAAGGAAAUAUGAAAAAGUUGAUAGAUUACAUUUCUUCUCCUUAGGUACGACAACACCAACAACUACAACUACACCAGUACCAUCUACACGUGAUCCAUCCCCUAAAGUAUCAAUCUUGGACACUGACAAUAAAAGCACAUCACCAGAAUUAAAUAGUCAGAAAAUUAAUACCAGUGGUGAUAAUGAUUCAAUAACUCAAGAAAUAACACAAUUAAGUGAUCCCAUUAAAAAAAUUUCAACGAUAAAGCAAAAUCAAAAAGUGUUGAAUUCUCAUACGCAAAGUCGUAAAAUCAACCAAGAAGAUGCACUUAAUAGUUUGGGUGAUUCGAAUUUAUCAUCAUCAACUGAUCAAUUAGCAAGGAAAUCUAAACCAGAUUCCAAUUCACAAAAAUCUGGUUCAAAUUCUGGUUCAAAUUCUCCAUCAAUUAAUAAUAAGGAAGAAGGACAAGACGAUGAAGAAAUCACACAAAUUGGAUCAAAACGUAAGAAUAAAGAUGAAACUACUAAUGAUGAUCAAAAACCAUUUAAAAUUCCAAAAUUUACACCAAAAGUAUCAUUAGUAGAUGCAGUUUUAAAAGUUCAAGAAUUGAAUAAAUCAUCAAAUUUAGAUUUGGAAUCUGAAUUUGAAAUUAAUGAAAAUUUACAAAAUUUGGCAAUUGUGGAAAUUGUUGAUUUAGUUAAUCCUAGAAAUCGUCGUAAUAAAAAUAAGAGUGUUGAUGAUGAUACUGAAUCGAGAUAUGCUGGAAGGAAAAAUUUCAAGAAAUUUAAAAAGAAUAAAAAACUAUCAUCAAAUAACAAUAAUAAUAAUCGAAGAAGAAUUGGGCUAUAUACUGUUGAAGAUAAUUCAAACGAAGAUGAAGAUGACGAGGAUGAGGAACAGAAUGAUACAACUAGAGAUGAGAACCAUUAUAAAGGUUAUUUUUAG